AGCAAGAGCGCACGGUAGUGCUUGACGCUUCGCCCAUUUUUCGCGGCAUUUUGCCCCCAACCGCGGCAAAAACAAACAAAAAAAAAACGCAUCACGUGUUUUCCUCAGUGUUUUUUUUUUAGUGACGUGUCUAAGAACCAGGAUUAUUGUGAAAUUUUCUGUGCUGCCAGCAUUUUUGUGCCGGAUUUUUUUGUGGUUCGCGCUUUGAAGGAAAGAAAAAUAAAUCAAGCAGCGCCCUCUAUAACUCAUCUGCACUAAAAAUAAGAUGGCGCCAACGUUCCGUGUUAACCCUGAAAUAGCAUCGGACGGUCUAUCCAGCGGGGGGAGCUGAAUAUCCGGACAAAAUGUGAAUGUUAAAAAUAGUCCGGAUAUCCUUGUUAUGUUAUACAUUUAGUGUAGCGGGAAUAGUGAAAGCAUGAGGGACUUGCGGUUAAAAGUGACGAGUAGGGGUGUUAAACCAUUAUUUCUGCUGUUACGGACCCAUAGUGCGUUUUUUAGUGUGCUAGUGUUAGUUGGUGUUGUUGAACAGUGUGGUGGUUAUCAUGAACAGAAGUUUGCUAUGGAGCCGCAGGAUCAGACGGCGGUAGUAGGAUCAAGGGUGACGUUGCCCUGCAGGGUGGAGAACAAGGCAGGUCAGCUGCAGUGGACGAAAGACGACUUUGGACUUGGUCUGCACAGGGAGCUGAGUGGCUACGACCGAUACAAGAUGAUCGGGAGUGAUGAAGAAGGGGAUUACUCCUUGGACAUCAGAGAUGUAACACUGGAGGAUGACGCCAAGUACCAGUGCCAAGUCAGCUCCGGGAGCAGAGGAGAACCGGCGAUUAGGUCGCGAUACGCGCGCCUCACCGUGUUGGUACCCCCCGAACCGCCAAAAAUUCUGGAAGGCAAUUUCUACUCUACGAUCGAAGACAGAAGCAUCAAAUUGGAAUGCAUCUCCGUGGGCGGGAAACCCCCGGCAGAGAUCACGUGGGUGGACAGCAACGCUGGUGUUUUGACGCAAGGCGUGACGUAUACUGUGGAGCCUUUGUCGGAUGGUCAGAGGUUUACUGCAAGGUCCAUCAUCAAAAUGACGCCAAAGAAAGAGCACCACAACCAGACCUUUACGUGCCAAGCACAGAACACAGCUGACAGGGCGUAUCGUGCGGCUAGCAUACAGAUUGAGGUCAAAUACGCGCCGAAGGUGAAAAUAUUCAUAAAGAACAAAAAGAACGGAAAAAUUCCUGAAGGCAGCGACGUCACUAUUGCAUGCAGAGCCGACGCCAACCCAUCCAACCUCACCUUCAAGUGGUAUCUGAACGACGACGCCAUCGUUGGAAAUACGACUGAAAUUAAAAUCUACAAUAUUACAAGAAAAUACAGCGACGCCAUAGUAAAAUGCCAAGUUUUCAACGAUGUGGGGAAAACUGAGGAGUCUGAAACGUUAGAGAUUACAUAUGCACCAUCAUUCCGAAACAGGCCGAGGGACGUGGAAGCAGAAAUAGGCACCCCCAUUACUCUCAGCUGUGACGUGGAUGGACACCCCACUCCUGAGAUCAACUGGCUCCAUCAUGAAGAAGACCAGAUGAUUCGCGUCGGCAAGACUCCCAACCUGACCCUAAGCGUGGACACACACACUGCAGGCAGAUACGUGUGCAAAGCUAGUAUAGAGGGCUUCCCGGAGGUGGAGGCGGAGGCGUCUGUGUUUAUAAAAGGUCCACCAAAGAUCCUGUCGAACCAGACCCAGUAUGGGUCCCAAGGGGACACUGUGAACAUCGAGUGCGCAGCGUUCGCUGUCCCCAGGAUCGACACCAUCGUGUGGACUUUUGAUGGAAAGGAGAUUGAUGCUAUACAUGAUCAGGACUAUGCAUUCCUCGAGGAUCUCCAGCCUGGAGGCGUUGUCAACUCGACCCUGAUCAUCAGAGAAAGCCAGUCUAAGCACUUCGGAGUCUACAAGUGCAACGUGUCCAAUGAGUAUGGGAGUGACACUUUGGAGAUCGUGUUGAAGCCUAACAAAACGUUCCCGCUCCUGCUAAUCUUAUUCGGGGUGACCUCAGGGACGAUCCUGGUCGCCUCCGUGAUAAUGCUGGUGAUUCUCUGUCAACGAAAGCAGAGAAAGAGCAAGCAGACCCAGAUGACAGAGAAGCCAGACGUGACAGUGACAGCUGAGGAGCUGUUCAAGGAGAAUGACAGGAAUUCGAACAUAAGCGACUUGAAACUGGAGCUGAGGCAAGCCAAUGGGAGCUGCGAGAUCGACUACUCAAACACCGGCUCGGACAGCACGCUAUGUUCAAACGCCAAACUUGGCAGUGGCGUAGCGUUAGCGGGUGCGGUUCAACUGUCGUCGAUCAAUCAAAACAGCACCUACCAGCCAUACAGAUACAGUAACGAUUACAAUGACCCGGCGUACGCGGACUGCUACAAGGUCAACGGUUUCGGUAAUGGUUACCAGACGUACGUGCAUUAUGGGCACGACUAUACCCCCGGAUCUUUGAGGGUACAGUCGCCUACGAUUGGCAGUGACAAACUGACGCCAAAUAGGUCAGUAAACGGCAGCCUGCCAAGAAGUGUAGACACGUCAUCCACCGUCCAGUUCAACCCUGGAAACGGGUCUCAGAACAACUCCUUGCAGCGCACCAAGCGGCAGGAUAGUAGCAACGCGCUAAACAACCUUGGGCUACCUUCUGGUGAUGUGAAUCGGAUGCCCAACGGUGGGAUAAUCCACGGGGUGGACGUGCGAUACGCAGCCACGUACGGCAACCCCCACUUGAGAACGGGAGGAGGCAUGGGCUUCGCGAACACUGUUAACACCGCGAAACCUGCGUCUACCCCGGCUCCCCCUCCGUAUUCAUCCGUUAGGACGUCUGUGGUGUUACCUUCAGGCAACUCGUCGCAUUCAAUAACGUCGCCGACGUCGUUGGCAUCGCCUCAGUGUACGACGAGCCCGAUCACGACGUCCACAAUGUCGACUGACAGCACACAAGCGGCGGUAACGGUGGCCACGACUUCUGGUACGCCGCAGUCGCCUAGCGCACACUACAUACUAGCGCCUUCGAAUAGGACUAUCACGAAUGCGACUAUUACUAAAAAAGGUAAUGGCCAUCCCCAACCAUUGGCCACACACGUAUAACCAACGUUUGACAUUGCACAGGACUUUGACAACGCGUUAAAAAGAAUUUAACAUAAAACUUUUAAGUGUUUGUGUAAAUUAAAAAAUAGUUUAAGGACGCCUGAUUGACAUAGGAUUCGGAAAGAGGGGUGUUCAUUUUCUAUAAAAAAAAUGUUACUGGAUUUUUAAACCAAAAGCUUAGAUGUUUUCGUAGUUAGUCAAAAUAAUAGUUGGUUUAGAAAAGAUUUUUUAUGCUUGUAAAAAAAAUCUGGAGCCUUGAAAGAUCUCUUUAUAAAAAUUUAACACUAAAAUGUUGAUUUAGAAAAACAUGUUUUACUGUUUGCGUGUUUUUUUUUGCAUGUUUUUAAACAUUUUUAUUAGAGUUUUUGUCACAAACUAUUUUUUUUUUCACUUUUUUAAGCAUUUUACAAAAAAAUAUUUUAUAACUUGAAUGUAAAUGACUGUUGCUAAUGUAUUAGUAUUGCUUAGUAAGUAAAUGAAUUGUAGGGUUUGGAUUGUCCGUAUUAGCUAUUUAUACAACUGAUUGAUUCCUACAUAAUAUUAUCUUCAAGGUAAAAUGUUGCGUGUAAAAGAAACGCCCGAUUUUGUUUCGUUGGAAAAUGAACUUGACAUUUUGACUGGUUAUAGGGAAGUGAGUACAGUCGGCCGUAAAAAUGAGCCUAAAACGUAAUUUUGGUGACUAUAAUACAUUGUUAAUAAAGCUACUUUCUUAUGAUUCUAUCAAUAUCCAUUUGCAUGUGUUAAUGAUAUUGUUUUGGAAACAGAUAAUCCUUUUUCCUUUGGAAUUAUGAAAAGAAAUAGAAUUUAAAUAGGUCUCCUAAACGAAAAAAUAGGUAGUCAAAUUUUUAAAAUCGGUGAUCAACUAGGUAACUCAUUUGGCCUAAUAAGCGACUUUCUGUGGUAUGACUAAAAUGUUAUACAGUGUAUAAAAAUAUGAUUAUUUAGAAUAUACGUUAUUGUUUGCUGACUGUACACGACUUCAUAGUAGGUAAUAAGAUAUUUAAUGGGUAUGAAAUGUAAUUUGAUAGCCUCUUUUAUGUCAAUUCUAUCCACAAUACGAAUAUUUUGUGUAACGCAAUGAAUUUCGUCAAUUUUCAAUACUUUGACUGACUUGUUGAAGUUUUCGUGUAAAUAAAAACAUAUUUAUAAGCGAUAAUGAUUAAAAUCAUCUUAAUAUAUUUAAAACUCUCAUUUAAGAAUUUCCUUGAUUUUGAGACAAAUAAUGUAAUGUCUCUUAGUCAUCAUCUCGUUUUUCUCUUUAUUUUUAAGACUUUUUGAGAGAAAAAAAGUGUGCUUACUCUUUUUACUAGACAUCAAAAAAAGAAAAGAUGUUUUCAAUUCGUCUGUAUGUUUUUUUUUUGUAUGUUCUAUUUAUCGUCGUGCCAUUUUUUUAGAGUGCUAGUUCAAGGUCCUCAAAAGCUCCUGCUCGAAACAACAGCAAUUAAAUAAAAUAGUAACUUUACUCAAAUUAUUAACCUCUUAAAUCCCGUAAUAAAACUUUUUUGGCACAGGAAUAUUUUUAAAGUGAAAUUUUAUGAAAAUAUCGAGUGCACUUCGUUAUUUAUGAAUAAACUAAACUACCCUCUUCCUUUGGCUAGUAAACUUAAUUGGACAUUGAUGGAACACUAUUUUUACCGGUUAAAAACUUAAUUUUCUAUAUUGAAGAAAUUGCAAGAUGCUUACUUGCAAAACAUAGUCACUGUAAUUAUCUAGUUUGUGUUUUUAAUAUAUUUUUAAGAUUUUUAUUUCAUCAUUUAAGACGAAAUGAAAAAAAUAGUAUUCCUUGCGAAAAAUAUCAUCCAGCACAAAAAGUAUAAGUGAUUUUUCGUU